UUUGACAUUUGAAGUUGACAAAUCGAUGUAAAUAUUGACAUUUUAGUGAUAAUUUUUAAUUGGGCUCUGUGGGUAAAAAAAAUAAAAUAUGUUGAUAUCACUAAGAAACGAUCAUAAAGAACACUUAAAUUUGUUGAAAGAUCAGAGCACUCAAGUACUCGUUAAUUUCUGCAAAUUAUCUAUUGACUAUUUAAACAAUGGCCCCAAUGAAAAAUUAUACUCAACUGCAUCAGAAAAACUUGGGGUUACAGCUGACGAUAUACAAAAGUGUGUUUACGGAUUGGUUAAUUUACUUAUGCUGUCUUGCCAACAUAGGUUGAGUGAAGCUGAUUUUCGAGACUCUAUUCUUACACUUGGAUUCAAUGAUGAUCAAGAGGCUAUAUUGAAUAAAUUUUUUCAAAGUAAAAAAUCUGAAGUAAUCAAAAUUCUCCAUCAGUUGAGUGUUAAAGAACCCCAUUUUGAUAACUUAGAAUGGAGACUGGAAGUAGUGGUCGCUUCUAGGUGCAUGCUUAAACAAGCAAAUCCUAUAUUAACUAUGGAUCUUUCUCUCAAAACACAGAAAGAAAAUUGUGUGGAUUACACUAUUGACCAUCAUAUCAUUCAGACUGAUGUUAAUAACUUGAAUCAUAUUUGUAAUGAAUUGGAAACAGCUUUAAAGGAAUCAAAAAGUAGACACUGCAGGAAAUUACAGAGAACCUUGAUGACUUCAUAAAUGGAUCUUUCAUUUUCUUCAUGGAAGGAUAUUGAUAAAAAUCAUACCAAGGAAUUUAAAAUAAAAUCUAACUUUAUACAUUCCAUAUGAACAGUUCGAUACAAAAAUAAAUAUGAACAACCUGUA